AUGGAUAGUGUGGAGGGCAUGAUGAAGGGACUCAAGCUUUCCGAGGCAGAGAGUCGGGGAGUGUUUAUAGGCAGUGGAUCUGCUGAAAGGGGUCUGAAGAAGGAGAUGCAGGCAGUGGGAAAGAUAAUGGCAGAAAAACCAGCGAUCGCGGAGGCUGUGAAAAAUGCUUUAGGGCCAAUAUGGUGCCCAAUGAAAGGUAUUGACUGCAAGGAAAUUGGUGAGAACAUUUUCUUGUUUACUUUUCAUCAAGCUGGGGGUAGAAAGAAAGCUGUUGAUAAUGGCCCUUGGACGUUUGAGAAGGAUCUCAUAGUCAUGGAAGAGUUUGACCCUCACAAAACAGCAACGCAAUAUGAGUUCUGUAGCAUUCCCAUAUGGGUAAGGGUGUAUAAACUACCGGUGGGCAUGAUGAGCAAGGCUACUGGUGAGUUGAUUGGUGAUCGUAUCGGAGAGUACAUGGAAGUGGAAGCUGAUGCAAAUGGUAUGGCUAUUGGUAAGUGCCUGCGAGUUAAGGUUAGGAUGAAUAUUUUGAAGCCUCUGAUGAGGGGAACGUUGGUGAAAGUGGAUGAGGUGGGGAGAACAAUCUGGUGCAACUUCGAGUAUGAAUAUUUGCCUGAUUUUUGUUUUGUAUGUGGACUCCUUGGACACGUUGAGAAGGAGUGUGACAUCAAACUGAAGAAGGGAGAAGAGGCUCAGUAUGGUAAAUGGAUGAAGUGGAUACCGCAGCGGCGAAACAAUUCGGCUAAUGUGAGGUUUUGGUCUGACAGAGGGGAAAGGAAAAACUAUAGUUUGGCUUACGGUGGGAACAAAUAUGGAAGUGAUGGCCCCUCUUGGCGAAAACCUGAUAACAACAUCAAUAACUCGACAAUAAGUACAGGGGAAAAUGAGAGAGAUGGUACCAGCCGGUCAAAGCUUACACAUGUUGGAGAAAAGGAGAGUGACAAAAAUGAAAUGGGAGGUAAACAAACAAGUGGUAAUCAACUAGCACUUGUUGACGAGGGGACUGAAGAAGAGGAGGGGAUAGAGGGAACAGAGAGGAAUGACGUGUCUGCUGAACAGAAGGGAAACAAUGCAAUGCUAGUUGAUGGAGAAUAUGAGAAGGUGGUUGAAAAUGCAGAGAAGGAAGGUUUUGGGAAGGAAAGUAGCCAUGAGGAUGGAAAUAAAGGUGAAGUGGUUAGUGGUGAAGGUACUAUUGAGGCGGGAAAGAAAAAAGAACGCAAAUAUAGAAAGAUUGUGAGAGAGGGACGGGGUGUGGAAGGGGAUAAGGUACAUGUGGGGGAAAAAAAGAAGAGAUCGGAUGAAAUGGAUGUUGAUGUAAUGUUACUGAAAGGUUCAAAGAAUGUGAAGGACGGAAGUGGUAAAGAAGUUUUGGUUUUUGCAAAUAUAAAUGACGCGGGGCUGUCGGAACAGCCCUGCAAUGCCCAAUGA